AUGGCAAAGAAUCAAGCAAGCCUUCUUCUCCAGAAACAGCUCAAAGAUCUGUGCAAGAAGCCUGUUGAUGGUUUCUCUGCAGGGCUCGUUGAUGAGAAUAACGUUUUCCAAUGGAACGUUUCUAUUAUGGGUCCCCCUGAUACUUUGUAUGAAGGAGGGUUUUUCAAUGCAAUCAUGACGUUUCCAGAGGAUUAUCCUAAUAAACCACCAACUGUGAAGUUCACCUCUGAGAUGUGGCAUCCUAAUGUUUAUUCUGAUGGGAAGGUUUGCAUAUCGAUUCUUCAUCCUCCUGGUGACGAUCCCAAUGGAUACGAGCUUGCUAUGGAACGUUGGAACCCUGUCCAUACGGUAGAAAGUAUUGUGUUAAGUAUCAUAUCUAUGCUUUCCGGUCCCAACGAUGAGUCACCAGCGAAUGUGGAAGCUGCAAAAGAAUGGAGAGACAACAGAGCAGAGUUUAGAAAGAAAGUGAGUCGCUGUGUUCGAAGAUCGCAAGAGAUGCUAUGA